GCCUGAGUUUGGUGGCCAAAAAAAAAAGGUGAAGAACGUGGUAUAAAGUGAAAAAGUAUAUUUCAAAAUUUGUUUGAGAGACGCAUGCUUUCUUUGGAAAAAUGCACACCAAAAUAAUUAUUGGCCUACUGGCAUUAGUCGUCCUAGUAGCGCAAGCUCCCACAACAAAUGGCGCAAAGAUUCUCGCAGUCUUCUCCUUUCCCGGAAAAAGUCACUACAUGAUGCAUAAUACGCUUAUAGAAGAAUUGCUGAAACAUGGACAUCAGGUCACCGCGAUAACCGGUCUGACAUUGGGGCCAGAGAAAUUGGGCAGCAACUACACUGAGAUACUUAUCGAUCCGAUGUGUCGUUAUUGGGAAGAACUACCAAAACAGUUCGGUGGCGGCGAUAUCUACAACAUAGACACUGACGUAGUAGUGUUCCUGAAGAUAGUUCAUUUCAUGGGUGUCCUCACGACCGAACAUGCGCUCAAGCAGCCAAAUAUACAGGCCAUCAUUAAUGCGAAAGAGACCCAAGGCGUCUAUGAUCUUCUGUUGGUGGAGCAAUUCGCUCAGGAGGCCUUCCUGGCUUUGGCGCAUAUCUACAAUGUGCCGGUAAUUAGCUCUGCGACUUUUGCCCAACAAACAUAUAUGAGUCAAAUGUUUGGCAUUAUGUCACCUUGGUCCUAUGUGCCGCAUGGCUUUCUGCCAUACACAGAGCACAUGAGCUUUUUGGAGCGCAUAAAGAAUACAUACUAUUGCCUGCGUCACGAUUUGGAACGAGAAUAUUCGUAUUAUCCGCAAAUGGAUGAGCUUGUGCAGAAAUACUUUGGACACUUGCCGAUUAAGUUUCCCAGCAUUUCCGCGAUGACUCAAAAUCUUUCGGCCAUAUUGAUCAACAAUCAUGCACCGUUAAACUCGGCCGGUCCACUAAGCGAUAGCUUCAUUAAUGUGGGCGGCAUGCAUAUAAAGCCACCCAAGCCACUGCCUUCAGAUAUAAAGAAGUUCUUGGACGAGGCCAAACAUGGUGCUAUAUAUUUCAGUCUCGGCAGUCAAGUACAGAGCAAGGACAUGCCAUUGGACAAGUUGCGAGUUUUUCUCGACGUCUUUCGCAGCCUGAAGCAGCGGGUCUUGUGGAAAUUCGAAAACGACAGCAUUGCGGAGUUACCGGAGAAUGUUAUGAUCCAGCAAUGGCUGCCACAAAAUGACAUUUUGGCACAUCCUAAUGUGCGCGCCUUUAUCUCACACGGCGGUCUAUUCGGCACACAAGAGGCUGCAUACCAUGCCGUGCCUAUACUAGGCUUACCUUUCUAUUGUGAUCAGUAUUUAAACAUAAAGAAGGCUCAAGACGGCGGUUAUGCCAUCGCAUUGGACUUCCGAACCCUCACACGUGAACAGUUGAAGAAUGCCCUACAGCAAUUGGUCGACAACGCCACCUACCACGAUAAUAUGCAGCGUGUAUCACGCAUUUUCCGUGAUCGUCCCAUGGGGCCACGUGAGAAUGCGAUGUAUUGGAUCGAUUAUGUCAUACGUCAUAAGGGCGCACGUCACUGGCGCACCGCUGGUCUGGAUUUAAAUUGGUUCCAAUUCUAUUUAUUGGAUGUCAUCUCACUGAUCGUCGCUGCUGUGGUUGCUGCCAGCGUCGCUGCGUAUUUGUUGACGCGCUGGGUUGCGCGAAGACUACGUGGUGGUCAGACAAAACAAAAAGUUCAAUAAACACUUAAAUAUCAGAAACCUAUUUCAAACGCUAUUACUAAGUAUUCUUUUUUAAUAAAUAAAUGAUCGAACUGUUGCUCUGGAUGUCUACUUGAUUGCGAUUUGACUAUUGCCAGAGCACAGUUCAAGUGACGUAUUAUUUAUCAUUACAAA